GCUGGCCGGCGCGGGGGUCCGGGCGGAGAGGCGGUUGCCGUGGAGACGCCCGGUGAAUCCUCAGGCGGCGCGUCUCGGGGCGGCCCCGGGGGUGGGGUGCGGCUCUCCGGAGCCGAGGGCGGCGGCGGCGGCGCGAACCUGAGGGGCGGCGGCGCGGGCCGAGGCCGGUGCGGGCGCGAGGGGCUCGCGGGCAGCCCCGGCGCCCCCCUCAGCGGAGGAAGCAGAGGCCGGAGCGCGGGAGCGACGAGGCCGGAGCUGUCGGCUGCCUCGCGGGCCGGGUCCCGGCUCCGACCGCCGCCCUGAGGGGGCCUCGGACGGGCUCCGGCCGCGGGAGUGGUUCCCUGUGACCACAGCCGGCGCCACCGUUGAUUCGGCCUCUGCUGAGGAACCCCCGGCCGGCGUCCUCUCUCUUCCCCGGCGCCGCACCCGCGAGGAGACUGGUGGACGGCGGCCUCCGCAGGUGAUGGGAAGCUGCAGCUGAAGCUCCGAGCAUGAUUCGCAUCGCAGCCCUCAAUGCCAGCUCCACGGUGGAGGAUGACCAUGAAGGGAGCUUCAAAAGCCACAAGACCCAGACGAAGGAGGCCCAGGAAGCAGAGGCUUUUGCCUUGUAUCACAAGGCCCUGGACCUGCAAAAACAUGACCAGUUUGAGGAGUCCGCCAAGGCCUACCAUGAGCUGCUGGAGGCGCGCCUGCUGCGGGAGGCAGUCUCCUCGGGCGAUGAGAAAGAAGGCUUGAAGCACCCGGGGCUGAUGCUGAAAUAUUCCACAUACAAGAACCUGGCCCAGCUGGCCGCCCAGCGCGAGGACCUGGAGACAGCCAUGGAGUUCUACCUGGAGGCUGUCAUGCUGGACUCCACGGAUGUCAACCUCUGGUAUAAGAUCGGACACGUGGCCCUGAGGCUCCUGCGGGUGCCCCUGGCUCGCCAUGCUUUUGAAGAGGGGCUGCGGUGCAACCCCGACCACUGGCCCUGCCUGGACAACCUCAUCACUGUCCUGUACACCCUCAGCGACUACACCACGUGCCUGUACUUCAUCUGCAAGGCGCUGGAGAAAGACUGCCGCUACAGCAAAGGCCUGGUCCUCAAGGAGAAGAUAUUUGAGGAGCAGCCCUGUCUCCGGAAAGACUCCCUCCGGAUGUUCCUGAAAUGUGACAUGUCCAUCCAUGACGUGUCGGUGAGCGCGGCUGAGGCGCAGGCCAUCAUUGACGAGGCCCUAGGGCUGCGGAAGAAGAGGCAGGCGCUGGUGGUGCGGGAGGAGGAGCCGGACCUGAAGCUGGUGCAGCCCACCCCCUUUCUCACCUGGAAGUGUCUGGGAGAGAGCCUGCUGGCCAUGUACAACCACCUCACCACCUGCGAGCCGCCGCGGCCCAGCCUCGGCAAAAGGGUGGACCUGUCUGACUACCAGGACCUCAGCCAGCACCCAGUGUCCUCGGCGGUGGCGGCGCCUAUCAGCGUGGUGCAGCCCAGCCCCGUCAGUGCCAGCUCCUCCGUGAUCGUGGCGGAGCCUGUGCUCUCCUGCUCCCCUGUGGCCACAGCCAGCUUCCCGCUGCACAGCCCCAGCCUGCUGGAGUCCGGGGUCCCCCUGGGCGACCUGUCUGCAGGAGAUAAAGCUCGGAAGGGCGUGAAGCGGAAGAAGAUCCCGGAAGAGAACGGGGAGACAGCGAAACGGCGGUCUGCCCGCGUCCGGAACACCAAGUGCAAAAAAGAGGAGAAGGUCGACUUCCAGGAGCUUCUGCUCAAGUUCUUGCCGCCCAGGCUGAGGAAGCUGGACCCCGAGGAGGAAGACGACCCCUUCCACAGCUACGAGGUGCAGGCAGAAGCCAAGCUGGAGAGCUGCCCGAGCUCGGGGCCUCAGCGGCUGUCCUUGGACGCGGCCACGUUCACGGAAUCUGAGCGGCAGGACGUGCACACGUUCCUGCUGGAGAACCUGACCAAUGGGGGCCUCCUGGAGCUGAUGAUGCGCUACCUGAAGGCCAUGGGCCACAAGUUCCUGCUGAGGUGGCCGCCUGGGCUGGCGGAGGUGGUGCUCAGCAUCUACCACAGCUGGCGGAGGCACAGCACCAGCCUGCCCAACCCGCUGCUGCGGGACUGCAGCAACAAGCACAUCAAGGGCAUGAUGCUGAUGUCUCUCUGCUGCAUGGAGCUGCAGCUGGACCAGUGGCUGCUGAGCAAGGGCAGAAGCGCCUCGGUGUCUCCUCGGAACUGCCCUGCUGCUGGUGGGGCGAAUGGCAGGUUUGGGCCUGAUUUCCCGGGAACCCACUUCCUGGGGGACCUCCUGCAGAUGUCAUUUGCCUCAUCUCAGCGGGACCUGUUUGAGGAUGGCUGGCUGGAGUUUGUGGUCCGCGUGUAUUGGCUGAAGGCGCGGUUCCUGGCAUUGCAGGGGGACAUGGAGCAGGCCCUGGAGAACUAUGACAUCUGCACGGAGAUGCUCCAGAGCUCCGCGGCCAUCCAGGCAGAGGCCGGGGCUGAGCAUGGCGACACUGUCAUUCGGCUCCCCAACCUCCACAACGACUCGGUCGUCUCCCUGGAGGAGAUCGAUAAGAACCUGAAGUCGCUGGAGCGGUGCCAGUCCCUGGAGGAGAUCCAGCGGCUGUAUGAGGCGGGCGACUACGAGGCCGUGGUGCAGCUGCUGCGGCCCACCUUGUGCCCCAGCGGCUUCGACCAGGCCAAGCACCUGGAGUUCAUGACGUCCAUUCCCGAGCGGCCGGCGCAGCUGCUGCUGCUGCAGGACUCCCUGCUCCGGCGCAAGGACCACCGGCAGUGCUUCGAGUGCUCCGACGUGGCUCUGAAUGAGGCAGUCCAGCAGAUGGUGAACGCCGGCGAGGCUGCAGCCAAGGAGGAGUGGGUGGCCACCGUGACCCAGCUGCUGCAGGGCAUCGAGCAGGCGCUCUCGGCGGACAGCAGCGGCAGCAUCCUGAGGGACGCGUCCGCGGCCGCCGGCCUCACCCGGCUCACCAACAACCUGAUCCAGAUCAUCGACUGCAGCAUGGCCGUGCAGGAGGAGCCCAAGGAGCCGCACGUCUCCUCGGUGCUGCCCUGGAUCAUUCUGCAUCGCAUCAUCUGGCAGGAGGAGGACGCCUUCCGCUCCCUGUGCCAGCAGCAGCAGCUCCAGAGCUCAGCGGAGGAAGCGAUGGCCGAGACGUCCAUGCUCCCAUCCUCCCUCAUGCUGCUCAACACUGCCCACGAGUACUUGGGCCGGAGGUCCUGGUGCUGCAAUUCGGACGGGGCGCUGCUGCGGUUCUACGUGCGAGUGCUCCAGAAGGAACUCGCGGAAUCCACCUCUGAGGACACACACCCCUACAAGGAGGAGCUAGAGACAGCCUUGGAGCAGUGCUUCUACUGCCUGUACAGUUUCCCCAGCAAGAAGAGCAAGGCCAGGUACCUGGAGGAGCACUCGGCCCCGCAGGUGGACCUCAUCUGGGAAGAUGCCCUCUUUAUGUUUGAGUAUUUUAAGCCCAAGACCCUUCCUGAGUUUGACAGCUACAAGACCAGCACCGUGUCUGCUGACCUGGCUAACCUGCUGAAGAGAAUCGCCACCAUAGUGCCGCGCACAGAGAGGCCGGCCCUGAGCAUGGACAGGGUCUCUGCCUACAUUGAGGGCACCUCGGCCGAGGUCCCAUGCCUCCCAGAAGGGGCUGACCCCUCCCCUGCGGUGGUGAAUGAGCUCUACUACCUGCUGGCCGACUACCACUUUAAAAACAAAGAGCAGUCCAAGGCGAUCCGAUUCUACAUGCACGACAUCUGCAUCUGCCCUGACAGGUUUGACUCCUGGGCAGGCAUGGCCCUGGCCCGGGCCAGUCGCAUUCAGGACAAGCUGAACUCCAACGAGCUAAAGAGCGACUGGCCCAUCUGGAAGCACGCCACGCCUGUCCUCAGUAGCUUCCGCCGCGCCCUGGAGAUCGACAGCUCCAACCUGUCCCUGUGGAUCGAGUACGGCACCAUGUCCUACGCCCUGCACGCCUUCGCCUCGCGCCAGCUGAAGCAGUGGCGGGGCGACCUGCCCUCCGAGCUCGUGCAGCAGAUGGAGGGCCGGCGGGACAGCAUGCUGGAGACCGCCAGGCACUGCUUCCUGUCGGCGGCGCGCUGCGAGGGGGACGGGGACGAGGAGGAGUGGCUCAUUCACUACAUGCUGGGCAAGGUGGCCGAGAAGCAGCAGCAGCCGCCCACUGUCUACCUGCUGCACUACCGGCAGGCCGGCCACUAUCUGCAUGAGGAGGCCGCCCGCUACCCCAAGAAGAUCCACUACCACAACCCGCCGGAGCUGGCUAUGGAGGCCCUGGAGGUGUACUUCCGGCUCCACGCCUCCGUCCUGAAGCUCCUGGGGAAGCCCGAGCUGGGGGUUGGCGCCGAGGUCCUGCUCAGCUUCAUGAAGGAGGCUGCCGAAGGGCCCUUCGCCAGGGGCGAGGAGAAGAACACGCCCAAAGCAUCAGAAAAGGAGAAGGCCUGCCUGGUGGACGAGGACUCCCGCUCUUCAGCUGGGACACUGCCGGGCCCCGGAGCCUCCCUUCCCUCCUCCUCUGGCCCAGGUCUGACAUCCCCACCUUACACAGCCACUCCGAUUGACCACGAUUACGUCAAAUGUAAAAAACCCCAUCAGCAGGCGACGCCGGACGAGCGCAGCCAGGACAGCACGGCCGUGGCCCUCUCGGACUCCAGCUCCACACAGGAGUUCUUCAACGAGCCGCCCAGCUUGCCGGAGGGCGCCCGGAAACCCUGUGCUGAAAAGCGGCCACCUGUUCCCAGUUCCCAAGCAGGACCAGCCGGCAGAGACCUUCCGGGGGCCCCGGAGGAAAGAGGGAGACCCGAGGAGUCCUUGGAGAGCACAGAAGGCUUCCGAGCCACGGAGCAGGGCGGCCAGAAGCCUGCCGCAGACCCCCCGGCCGCUGCCUGCGUCCCUGCCAAGGCCUCCGCAUCGGCUCCCACCCUGUGGGACGGCAGGAAGAGAGGGGACGCCCCCGGGGAGCCCGCAGGCUUCCCGCAGGGGCUGCCGGCCGGGGCCGAGGAGCAGCGCCAGUUCCUCACGGAGCAGUGCAUCGCGGCCUUCCGCCUGUGCCUCAGCCGCUUCCCGCAGCACUACAAGAGCCUGUACCGGCUGGCCUUCCUCUACACGCACAGCAAGACCCACCGCAACCUCCAGUGGGCCCGCGACGUGUUGCUAGGCAGCAGUAUCCCGUGGCAACAGCUGCAGCACAUGCCGGCACAGGGGCUCUUCUGUGAGAGGAACAAGACCAAUUUCUUCAACGGCAUCUGGCGGAUCCCCGUGGACGAGAUCGACCGGCCGGGCAGCUUUGCCUGGCACAUGAACCGCUCCAUCGUGCUGCUGCUCAAGGUGCUGGCCCAGCUGCGGGACCACGGCACCCUGCUGCGCGUGUCCUCCAUGCUGCAGCGCACGCCGGACCAGGGCAAGAAGUACCUGCGAGAUGCCGACCGCCAGGUCCUGGCGCAGCGGGCCUUCAUCCUCACCGUGAAGGUGCUGGAGGACUCCCUGAGCGAGCUCGCGGAGGGGUCAGAACACCCGGGGCCCAAGGCCUGCGGCCUCCCCGCGGCCAGGAUGACCACCGACGUCCCCCACAAGGCCAGCCCCGAGGACGGCCAGGAGGGCCUGCCGCAGCCCAAAAAGCCGGCCCUGGCCGACGGCUCUGCGCCGGGGGCCGAGCCGGGGGGCCGGGCAUGUCCCCUCGGCCACCGGCCGGCGGCGGAUGCCGGGGCCGGAGCGGACCCGGGCAGGGAGCGCCAGGACAGGGAGCCCCGGGCGGGCCCCGCGGAGCCCAUGGACACGGGCGAGGCCGCCGCCCGCCGCCUGGACUCGGAGCGGGCGCCGCCCCUGCCGCCGGGCCGCUGCCCCCGGGACCGGGCCCCGGAGAGCCGGCCGGCCGAGCUGUCCCUGGAGGAGCUGAGCAUCAGCGCCCGGCAGCAGCCCGGCCCGCUCACGCCCACCGCGCCGGCCCCUGCCACGGCCGCCUCCGCCCCGAGGGCGGGGGGCCACGCCGAGGAGCUGCCGCCGCGGCCCAGCCGCAAGAGGAAGCUCCUGGAGGACGCCGAGUCGGGCAAGACGCUGCUGCUGGACGCCUACCGCGUGUGGCAGCAGGGCCAGAAGGGCGUGGCCUACGACCUGGGCCGCAUCGAGAGGAUCAUGGCCGAGACCUACAUGCUCAUCAAGCAGGUGGACGAGGAGGCUGCGCUGGAGCAGGCUGUCAAGUUCUGUCAGGUGCAGCUGGGGGCUGCCGCCCAGAGACAGGCCUCAGGGGACACACCCUCCACCCCAAAGCACCCCAAGGACAGUCGAGAGAACUUCUUCCCUGCAGCCGUGGCCCCCGCAGCCCCCGACCCCGUGCCAGCUGACCCUCUCCACCGGCCCAGCGACACCCACCCCAAGCCCCGGCCCGCGCUGCCUGCCGCCUCCGCCGCCUCCGCCUGCCCCCCCUCUGUGCCUGCCUCCACCCCAGACCCGUCCAGGGACCCUGGGCCCCCCCAGCCACACAGGCCCGAGGCCACCCCGCGCCCUGAGGGAGAAGAGCUGGCAGGAAGGGCAGAGGGUGCCGGCUUGCCGCCCCCGGAGCCGCAGUGCGCCGAACCGGUGAAGACGGCUCCCCAGGGCCCCCCAGCAGAGCCACACGGCUGGCCUGCCGCGGCCGCCCCCCGUCCCGGCGCCGAGCCCGCUGGCGGCCAGGCUGCCAGCUCCAGGGUGCCCAGCAGUGGGAGCACCCAGCCCCCCGAGGGCCACCUGGGCCUGGCGGAGCCCUGCCGGGCCAAGGCGCGGCCCCUGCCCAUCAUGCCGAAGCUGGUCAUCCCCUCGGCCGCCACCAAGUUCCCCCCCGAGAUCACCGUCACGCCGCCCACCCCCACCCUGCUCUCGCCCAAGGGCAGCGUCUCCGAGGAGACCAAGCAGAAGCUGAAGUCGGCCAUCCUGUCCGCCCAGUCGGCCGCCACCGUGCGGAAGGAGAGCCUGUGCCAGCCGGCGCUGGAGGUCCUGGAGACGUCCAGCCAGGAGUCCUCGCUGGACAGCGACACGGACGAGGACGACUACAUGGACAUCUGAGGGUCCCGCGCCCUGUGCACCCCCAGACCCCCCCCAGCCACCGGGGCGCCUCCCCCCAGGGGCUCCUCCCGCCCGCCCGCCCGGGUGGGGGGCUGUGCCC